UUAAAUGCAGUGGAGGAGGGUGCGGCGGAGGCACGGAGUAGAUGGCAGGCACACGGACCCUGGAGCGGAGCUUGCUGUGGUGCUCGGCGCUGCUCACCUGCAUGCUGGUCUCUUCCAACCUGCUGCUCGCCGCCUACUUCCGCAGGGUCGGUCUGCAGUGCCUCCGCUUCCCACCGCCACGGCCCACAAACUGCAGUCAUGAGUCGCCCGGGAGCCCAGCCCAGGUCACAGAGACGCAAGGUGGAGACCUCGUCAGAAAACCGGCCGCUCAUCUCACAGGUUCAUCGGGCGGAAACGUGAGUGAGGAGCACACGCCCCUCUGGCUCCUGCAGUGGGACUUCGGGACGGGGAUGGCGUACACCAACAUGGUCUACGCCGACGGGCACCUGCACAUCCCCCGCCGCGGCCUCUACUACGUCUACUCGCAGGUGGCCUUCUAUCUGGCUUCUUGUCAGGAGCAGGGGUCCUGGGGAGGAGGAGGGGGUGGGGUGCUGGCCCACAACGUCUACAGGCGGAGCGAGGCGUACCCGGAGCCCCUCGCCCUGCUCACCGCCACCAAGUCGGCCUGCGGCAGUGGCCAGGGGGACUGGCACGCCACCAUCAGCCAGGGCGGCCUCUUCUACCUGCACCGCAGGGACCGGCUCUUCGUCACCGUCAACAGGCCGGCUACCGUGGAGCACCGGGAGCAGAAGACUUUCUUCGGGGCCUUCAUGGUGUGAACACUUGGUGGGGUUGAUUGAGGGGUGGGGGUGGAGGGGGACAUCCAAGGCUGCUCGCUUCUUCCCUACUCCUGGGAGGCAAGGGGACAGGGAGCAGAUCGCGUGCGAGGUGGAGUAUGGCAGGGAAACCCUUCAGUCCGUCUAGCCUGUGCAAGCACCCCGUAACACCAUAAGAUGUAGGAGCAGAAUCGGGCCCCUUCAGGAUGGUGGGGGCGGGGGGGGGGGUGCGGUGCGGUUGCCUAGGGUUCCGGCCAGUCUGCCUGCCUGCCCAUCUUCCGGGCUUACGUCCGCGCCCGGGUGUCCUUGGAGAGGGAACGCGCUGUAUCCGCGGGCGCCCAGGGUGAAGUUCGCAAUCAGUGAGACCCCCCAGGGGAUUGCGUGUGCCAUGGACGGUGUUAAUGGUAUUCUCACCUGGAGUGGUGCGUUUUGCGGUGGUUUAGUUCGCGUUACCUGCUGUCGUUGUGUGUCUGCGUAGUUCUUUCUUGUGUAAGUUGCUGUGGUUUUCACACUGGAUGUCAUUUUGUCAUAUUUUUAGUGAAUAAACUUUACGUUCGUAUAUAUAACAAAAAAUUGGGCCCUUCAGCCCAUCUGGUUUGG